CUCUGGACAGGCUGAGUGGAAAGCUGGAAAGCCCCUCCCUGGUGAUUGUAGCCUACGACGCGAUGGUGCUUUAAUGUCAUUGUUUGAGUGGAGCUGCGCCCCGCUUGCAUCCGCUGGGAUCAAACAACCCCGACAGCGAGAACCCUUUUUGUCAUAGAAAUCAGACACUGCCUCUCAGUCACACGUGGGCUUCCGAAAUGCUAAAAAGUUGAACAUCCAGCCGUGGACUUGUAAUACAGAACGGAUCAAGGAGAUGCUGAGGACAAUCUGAACAGUGUACGACAGGACUCUCUCCACGUUUCACUCUAAUCGGCAGUAGGAUACAUAUAUUUGUAUAUAGCUGGUGUGUAUAUAGCUGGUGAGCUACAGUGCUCUGUAGCCUAAAGCAUAUGCAUAACUUUUAUCGCGCUUAGAAAAGUAGGCAAUAGGGGCGAGUUUGUUCUUCGUUUGAAAUGGCAAUCAAGUCAAUUUCCGUGAGUGUCGCUCAGUAGAGUUUUUUUUGUUUUGAAUGUACAAAAACUAGCAUAGCAUAUUUGUAAAAAAUGCCGGAUUUGGCCCCACUAAUUGUUUUGUUUGCGCUGCUCUGUUCAAUCUCUGGGCGCGCAUCCGGAUGCCCUCUCCGGUGCGAAUGCUCAGAAGCCGCGCACACCGUCAAGUGUGUUUCCAAAUACUUGCGGAGUGUCCCGUCCGGGAUACCAGGGUACACGAGGAAUCUGUUUAUAACGGGAAAUCAGAUCAGCAGAAUUGGACCAGAGUCGUUCAAAGGGCUGGACAAUUUAACCACGUUGUCACUGAGUAACAACAGGAUAACAGAGAUAGAGUCUCAGACGUUUUCCGGACUGCGUUCCCUCCGCUCUCUGGACCUGAGCUCCAACCAGCUGACUGUCAUCAACCCAGAGGCCUUCACUGUCCCGGGCCACACCCUCAGGGAGCUCAACCUCAGCCGAGCUCUCUACAACCACUCCUCUGUCAUGGACCUGGCUAUGUCUCUUCGCUGGUCCACCCUGGGGGAGAUCCGGACCCUGGACCUGUCAGGGAACAGCCUGAUCUACCUGCCCUCUCACACCUUCUCCUACCUGGGGGGCCUGCGGAGGCUCAUCCUGGCCAACAACUCCCUGGUGGCCCUCUACAAUGGCACCUUCUCUGGGCUGGACUCUCUGGAGCAGCUGGAUCUGACCUUCAACGCUCUGCGGACCGUCCAGGAGGAGGGCCUGGCUGAGCUGGACUCGCUGUGUCCCGGGGCGAGACUCAUUCUAGGGGAGAACCCCUGGACCUGUAUCUGUGGCAUGGAGCCCUUCGCUGCCUGGCUCAACUCCUCCCAGGGACAUGUGGGGGACGCAGAGAGCCUGGUGUGUGCCUUCCCCCCAGACAUGAGGAACAUCUCUCUGCUGAGGUUGGCGGCUGGACAGGCUGGGGUGGGCAGGGACAGGGUGGCGCUGGGGUGCCACAGGGUGGAUGAGGGGGCGGACCUGGCCCUCCAGACUUCCUACGUGUUCCUAGGGAUCGUCCUGGGCUUCGUGGGACUCAUCUUCCUCUUGGUCCUCUACCUCAACCGGCAGGGCAUCAAGAAGAGGAUCAAUGACAUGCGGGAAGCGUGCACGGAGGUGUUGGAGGGAUACCACUACCGCUACGAGCACGACGCCGACCCCAGGCUCUCACAGGUCUCCACCACGGCAGACAUUUGAUGAUAUCAAGACACUCAAGGGGCUUCCAUGAUCCUUCUUUCAUAAUUGAAAACAUUGAAAACAUUUUUUUCUAUUGCAUUUAUAGAGAAUAAUGUAGAAACUGUACAUAUGAAUUGUCUGUAAAUAUAAACAUACAGUAAGUAUAUAACUGGGCAUUGCUAUUGUUUUCCCAGUAGCUGGGUCCAUGACGAAAGCAUGAACCGUCUGUCUGAUUAUAGUCCUUCUCAACCAGUCCUCCCUUCCAGUCCACACAUCGUCUGAGACUAGGAAUAACCCCUAACUGAUAAAGGGGCAUGGGCUGUGAAAGAGAACUGGUGUAUGGAUGGGGGACGGACUGACUGUUCUUCUACAUAGAUUUUCCCCUCUUAAAAGAGGUGCUUCUCUGUCUGUCCUCGAGUGAAGUGUCACGUGAAGGAGUGAAACGACAAUUGGACAAUAUCAUUCAUGUAUGUUUUGAUUCUUGGAACUGAGAACAGAUAUGGAUGAAUAUACUUAAUUCAUGAAGCUGAAGUAAUACAACUGAAGACUGUUCUUAUACAUUUCACCUGCUAUGACUUUACGUGAAUGUUGUUCUUUGAGGAGAGAUCUUGUAAAUGUAUAUACUAUCUCUACCAAGCUCAAGUAAAGCCAAGUUCAUCAGCCCAUAAGAUGCAGGUUGUGUGACACCAACCCCUGUGAAACUUGGGCAAAAUGGCUGUGUCUGAAAUUGCACCAUAUUUCCUAUAUGGGCCCUGGUCAAAAGUAGUGCACUUAUAAAAGGAAUAGGGUACCAUGGGGACACAGACAAUCUCUCAUUGAGCUUUGAGGGCCAGCUCACCCCAGGACUGAGGAGCAGUUCUUUGGUCUUCUGUCCCUCUGCCCCAGGGUGCCUGAAUGGAAUCCCAGCAGAUUAGUCUCCAUAGCAUUCCAAAGGAAGGAGAACCUCUCCUCCUAGCUCUCCUAAAAUCAACUCUCUCUUUUCACGGAGAUGAGUGGAAAAAGGAGGAUUGUUCACACUGCACAGCCACAGUCAUACAGCAACGGAAAUCUCCAGACCCUCUUUCAUGAAAAUGUGCUUUGUUUUAAGAUCUCUAGUUUUAUUUUCAAGAUGAUGAGAACCAGGACGAGCCUGGGGCUAUAGGGCUGAGGCAGGGGCUAUAGGUCUGAUGCUGGGGCUAUAGGGCUGAUGCUGGGGCUAUAGGGCUGAGGCAGGGGCUAUAGGGCAGGGCUGGAGCUAUAGGGCUGAGGCAGGGGCUAUAGGGCUGGGGCUGAGACAGGGGCUAAAUGGCUGAGGCUAUAGGGCUGGGGCUAUAGGGCUGAGGCUAUAGUGCUGGGGCUAUAGGGCUGAGGCUAUAGGGCUGAGGCUGGGGCUAUAGUGCUGGGGCUAUAGGACUGAAGCAGGGGAUAUAGGUCUGGGGCUAUAGGGCUGAGGCUAUAGUGCUGGGACUAUAGUGCUGAGUCUGGGGCUAUAGGGCUGAGGCUGGGGCUAUAGUGCUGGGGCUAUAGGACUGAGGCAGGGGCUAUAGGGCUGAUGCUGGGGCUAUAGGGCUGAUGCUGGGGCUAUAGGGCUGAGGCAAGGGCUAUAGGGCUGAUGCUGGGGCUAUAGGGCUGAGGCUGGGGCUAUAGGGCUGGGGCUAUAGUACUGAGGCUAUGGGGCUGGGGCUGAAGAAGGGCCUGGGGGUGCAUGGGGCUGAGCCAAAAGCGAUCCCUCCUCGAAGAUAACAGCCGUUCCCUAAAGGAAGGAAAGCCUGGGUGGAGCUGAAGCUGUUUCUGUUCAGGGGACUUUUCAGUGAUAGGAUACAGAUGAGCCUGGAAUGCCAGCAACAGAGCAGGCAGCAGCAGUUUAAUUCAGACGCCGAGGCCUGCUCUGCUCUUAUUAACUAGUGCAGUGAAGGAACUGUUGUUGCCUUCCUUCUUACAACAGAAAUAUACUUAAGCAAUAAGGCCAGAGGAGGUGUGGUAUAUGGCCAAUAUACCACAGCUUAGGCACAACGCAACAAAUAUAAAUUAGCUGUGGUAUAUUGGCCAUAUAGCACAAACCCCCGAGGAGCCUUAUUGCUAUUAUAAACUUGUUACCAACAUAAAUAGAGCAGUAAAACAAAAUGUUUUGUCAUACCCGUGGUAUACGGACUGAUAUACCAUGGCUUUCAGCCAAUCAAAAUUCAGGGCUCAAACCACCCAGGUUAAAGUAUUUGUUAUACACUUAAAUUAUAAUUCAUUCCUCUGCUGUUAUCUGUUUGUUUUUAAACCAAUUUGUGAAGUGAUAGUUGACCUAAAUGGGAUGUGUUGGGAGUACAUAUGGUUCUCUUUGAUCUGUGAUGUUUCUGUCAUGAUGUCUAAAGUCACAGUGAGAAACCUAACCUUGGUAAUUGGUACCAGGCUAAUGUUUAGUCUGGUGUGUGAAAACUAGAGAGGGAGAACAUAGCAACAAAGAACACAUUUCUUAUUUAUGUCUCCAUUUGAAGUUUACAUUUUUUAUUGCAUGUUUUUUUAGUUGAAUAUAAAGCCUGGACAUUGUGUAGAAUCCUUUCAACCAAACUUGAAAUUCUAAUAGCAUAUUUGAAUGAGGUUUUUCUUUUUUAUAUAUAUAUAUUUGAAUAAAAGCCUGUGUC